AGGCUGCUGCUGGUGGACAGUGGUCAGACCUGGACCAUGGAGCUCAGUGUUUUCCUCUCCCUUGUUCUGCUCACAGGCCUCUUUCUUCUGCUGGUCAGGGGCCGCCCAAAAGCCCGGGGCAACCUCCCACCAGGGCCCCGGCCUCUGCCCUUCUUGGGGAACCUGCUACAGAUGGACACAGGAGGCUUGCUCAGUUCCUUCCUGCGGCUUCGAGAGAAAUAUGGGGAUGUGUUCACCGUGUACCUGGGACCAAGGCCUGUGGUCAUGCUGUGUGGGACAGAGGCCAUACGGGAGGCCCUGGUGGACCAGGCUGAGGAUUUCUCUGGCAGAGGAAAAAUAUCCAUCAUUGAACCGAUCUUCCAGGAAUAUGGUGUGAUCUUUUCCAAUGGAGAACGCUGGAAAACCCUUCGGAGAUUCUCUCUGGCCACCAUGAGGGACUUUGGGAUGGGAAAGCGGAGCAUUGAGAAACGGAUUCAGGAGGAGGCUCAGUGUCUGGUGGAGGAGCUGUGGAAAUCCAAGGGAGCCCUCCUGGACCCCACCUUCCUCUUCCAGUCCAUCACCGCCAACAUCAUCUGCUCCAUCGUCUUUGGAGAACGCUUUGACUAUCAGGAUGGCCAGUUCCUGCGGCUGCUGGACAUGUUCUAUCAGUCCUUUGCACUCAUGAGCUCCUUCUUCGGCCAGGUGUUUGAAUUAUUCUCCGACGUCCUGAAGCACUUUCCUGGCACACACAGGCAAGUCUACAAAAACCUGCAGGAAGUCAUCACCUUCAUCGGCCACAGUGUGGAGAAGCACCGCGCAACCCUGGACCCCAGCAACCCCAGAGACUUCAUCGACACCUACCUGCUCCGCAUGGACAAAGAGAAGUCCAACCCGCAUAGCGAGUUCCACCACAAGAACCUCAUCAUCACCUUGCUGUCCCUCUUCUUCGCUGGCACUGAGACCACCAGCACCACUCUGCGCUACGGCUUCCUGCUCAUGCUCAAGUACCCCCACGUUGCAGAGAGAGUCAAAGAGGAGAUUGCACAGGUGAUUGGCUCACACCGCCCACCUGCCCUCGAUGAUCACUCCAAAAUGCCAUACACGGAGGCAGUCAUCCAUGAGAUUCAGAGAUUUGGAGACCUCCUCCCCAUUGGCGUACCCCACAUAGUCACCAGAGACACUCUCUUCCGAGGGUACCUCAUCCCCAAGAACACUGAAGUAUACCCCAUCCUGAGCUCUGCUCUCCAUGACCCACAUUACUUUGAAAAACCAGACGCCUUCAACCCUGACCGCUUUCUGGAUGCCAAUGGGGCACUGAAGAAGAAUGAUGCUUUUAUUCCCUUCUCGGCAGGGAAGCGCAUUUGUCUUGGUGAAGGCAUCGCUCGCAACGAACUGUUCCUCUUCUUCACCACCAUCCUCCAGAACUUCUCUGUGGCCAGCCCCGUGGCUCCCGAGGACAUCGACCUCACUCCCAGGGAGAGUGGUGUGGGCAGAGUACCCCCAACAUACCAGAUCCGCUUCCUCCCUCACUGAAUGGGCUGAGGGAAGAGGGCCAAAGGAUUCCAGGGUCAUUGUUUCUACCUGUGUAGAGAACGACCCUCCCAUGGCCUCCACAUCUUCCUGCCUGAGAACCAGCAUCCUCCCUGUCCUCGUUUGCAUCAACGGGGGAAAGUCCCCUGUGUAGUCCUACUUCCUUCCCUCAUGCUGUAGCUCUUCCAAGGCUCUCAGGCAUUCUCCUUUCCUGUAUUAAUAGAAUUGCAGAAGUCAGAAGCAAGCUUGAAGAUAACCAAGCCCCUUCCUAGGUGUGUAUAUAGUCACUGGGGGCAAAAGGGGGAAACUGGGCUCUAGGUCCUUCUGAAAUUCUGCCUCCCAGGCACAGCUCAUGCCGAAUAAAUUCUCUCUUGCCCAGAAUAAGUAUGGUUCCAUUUGUCCACUCCAUGUGCUCCAUCAUCUGUGCUGAAGCUUUGCAUAUGACCCCCCCCCCCUUUCAUUUUGGUAGCAGGGAUUGAAUUCAUGGACUCUUAACCCAGCCCCCUUUUAAAAUUUUUAUUUAAAGACAGGGCCUCACUAAGUGACUGAGUCUGGCCACUUGUGAUCCUCCUGCCUCAGCCUCCUGAGCCACUUGGAUUACAGGCUGUUGCCCCCUAAACCUGGCAGCCCUUUCAAUACCACUCCCCAACAGCCUCAGUGGUGGGUCGUGGUGACCAAACAUUUUAUAGAUCAGUAACAGAGACCAGGUGAGGGCAUCCUCGUCUGAGGUCACAGAACUAGCCAGUGGAGAACCCAGGUUACCCUUUGACUCUAGAACCCAAACUCUCCACAGCACCUUCCUAUUUGUAUUGAGAUAAAUUAACAACACAAAAUCAACCAUUAUGGAGUGUAGAAUUUAGUUCAUUCCCAAAGGUGUGUAAGUACCACCAUCUUGUUCCUGAUGUUCAUGUCACUGCCCCCAAUACCCCGGUACCCAUUGAACAGUCUCUCCUCAGUCCCGUUCGCCCAGGCCCUGCAAACACCAACCUCCUUGUCUCCAUGGACCUGCCUGGUCUGGCCCUCUCACAUUAAGGAAUUAUCUGAUUCUAA